AUGAACCCCGAGUUUCUUGAUAUCUCCACGCGAAGCUACGCGGGCGUCAUUGAUGGCUCGGUGGCGGCGAGGGUUGGGUCUCCUCCGUCUUCGGACAUGGAGGGGUCAGUGUACUGCGUGGAGAAAAUCUUGAAUUACAAUUUCAGAAACAAGCGGCUUCUAGAAGAAGCGUUGACGCACUCUUCGUUCCCCGAUGCGGCGUCGUAUCAGCGGCUGGAGUUUAUCGGCGACGCGGCGCUCGGACUGGCUUUGUCUAACUACGUGUUCUUGGCUUACCCGACGCUUGAUCCAGGGCAGCUGUCGCUCAUACGCGCCGCCAAUAUAAGUACCGAGAAACUCGCCCGCGUGGCCGUCAGACACGGGUUGUAUCAGUUUGUGAGACAUAAUGCGGCUGCUGCUCGAUCAUAA